GGUGAAGCAGUCCCUUGUAGAAGGGAGUCUGGGGACAGAGAGAGGUGGGCAAAGACAAACAAGGGUGACAGAGAGGGGCCACAGACCAGGCCAUGUUGGCGAGCUUGGGCAGGUACAGAGGUGGCGCCUGAGACCUGGCCAGAAGCAGAUUCAUGGAGCCUAAGAGAGCAAGACCAAGUCCAAGGAGAGUGUCGAGGGGGCAAACAGAGCCAGGGUGGGGCGGUGAGGGGGGGCAGGAGGGGGUCACACAGGCGGAAAGGGACUGUAGGGGAGUUUAUUUCCUCACCACCACUUCCUCUCUAGGCAGAGCAAGACCUUCCAGCCAGGGGAGAAGCCCUUGGGGCCCUGACGUUCUUGUCUGAGGCACCCUGGGGUCUGGGAGGGAAUAGGGCUUCUGGAAAGGGCUGGAGAGCCUGGCACGAGGGCCUGGCUCCAGCCUACGAUGCCUGCGACUCCAGAGCAGCCAGCUGGGCAGGCCGAGGGGCCCCCAGCGUCGGAAUCGGCCGCGUGGCCCCCACUGCCCUGCGGGCCCUGCAUCCCCAUCAUGGUGGGCCUGGCCUCGCUGGCCGCCCUCUUCAUCCUGACCACAGCCGUGCUGGCAGAGCGCCUGUUCCGCCGCGUGCUCCGCCCGGACCCGGGUCGCUGCGCCCCCACGCUGGUCUGGCGCCCUGGAGGCGAGCUGUGGAUCGAGCCCGUAGGCACCCCGCGGGAGCGAUCGGAGGACUGGUACGGCUCCGCGGUGCCCCUGCUGACCGACCGGGCGCUGGAGCCCCCCACCCCCGGCGGCACACUGGAGGCCCGAGCAACCGCCCCGCCAGCCCCCUCAAUUCCACGCUCCGCUCCCAGCUCCCUGGGCCCCCUGACCCCGCAGUUGGCCCCAGUCCGCAGCACCUUCUGGGGGCCCCAUCCCUGGGAGGGGAGGCCCCCAGCCACCGGUCUGGUGAGCUGGGCCGAGCCGGAGCAGAGCCCCGAGGCUGAGUCCCGCACGCAGUUUGGGAGCCCUCAGUCCCCGAGGCUGCGGGCUGGGAGCCCUGAGCCUGACUGGAGCCUCCAGCCUCGGGUCACCCUGGAGCAGAUUUCAGCUUUCUGGAGACGUGAAGGCCGGACCAGCGUGGGGUUCUGAAUCCCCAGUCCCUGGAGGACUAGCCCCACAGAGACCCCUGAGGAAGAGCCUGCGCAAAGGGACUGCAAGUCUGAGCCGAUCCUAAGGCUGACCCUCCCCGGCCUUUUAAGUCUAGGUUUCAGUUCCCCUGGGUGUAAGCAGUGGGUAGGCUGAGUGAGCGCAGAGCCUGGGCGGAGGCCGCUCCGCAGUGCCUCUGCUCGGCUGUAGAGGCUGUGGCUCAGAGAAGCAGAGGCGGGGUUGACUCUGAGCCAGAAACCUUCAAGAUCUUAUCCGGAUUAAGAACUCAAGGUACCAGACUGGCAGGAAAUAGCAUCAAUCCAGCCCUUGCAUCUUCCUACAGUGCUUACCUAAGAUGCCAAGAUCAAUCUUGUGGAUGCCUUGGUGUGAUGACAAGUGACAGUUGUGGGUAGCAAGAGAUGGCAGGACUCUAGUUUCCCAUAGCCACAAAUCUUAUUCCUCCUCAGCCAUCCUUAGUUCUCCGGGAAAAUACACAAAGAGCAUUUGAUCACAAACGAACUGUGGCUUUCACCCCCAAGUGGCAAGAAAAAAUUUGUUGAGCCAAGCUGGAGCAGCGGCCCUCUCUUGCCUGGGGUCCUGGGACCUAAUGUCACAGAAGACUAACAGGCUCCUCAGCCCAUCCUGUAUAGCUGUACACUUCUUAGCCCUCCCAAACCUGCCACUUUAUGGCAGGGAAGGCCUGAAUCAAGGAGACCUGAGUUUGAUACAAUAUGGAAAGAAGCAUUAUCCCAGGGCAAGGCAACUUCCAAAAUGCAGCCUCUAGCCAUCUCCUGUCCCAGCUUGCUGGAGUGGUCCCAGAGAGACAGAUCUGCCACAAGACAGGGUUACGUAUAGGGCUCACGCCUUUAAUCCCAGCACUUUGGGAGAUGGAGGUGGGAAGAUUACUUGAGACCAGGAGUUUGAGACCAGCCUGGGCACAAAGUGAGAUUUCAUCUCUACCAAAAAUUUAAAAAUUAGCCAGUUAUGGUGUCAAAAUCCUAUAGUCCUAACUACUUAGCAGGCUGAAGGGAGAAGAUUACUUGGGCCCAGGAGUUUUAGGUUGUGUCAACUUGCUUGGUUUAUCAUUGUUGCUGGGAGGACUUCCUUUGUUUCCAUCCAUGCAAAUUUUGUUUCUUGAUUUUUGUGUUCCUCAAAGCUUUUGUAAUGAUCCAUGAAGUGAGCUGUGAUUGCACCAUUGCCCUCCAGCCUGGGCAACAGAGAAAGACAGACUUACAUAAACUGUUCCAUCCCAUAGAAAUGAAGCCCCAAACACCUUUAGCCCUAAUUCCUGUCUGUACUGACCUCCCCUUUAGGAGAGGAGCCAGGGUGGGGAAAGCCAAUGGAGUUUCCAUUUCCUAGGGAUCUGAUUGCCCAAACUCCAGACAUGAAUGUUAGGAUUUUUGCCAUAUCCAUUUACCGUCUGUACUGUAAUUUACUUUAUAUUUUUCUUUAAAUUAGUCCAUUAUUCACUUAAUAAACUUAUUUUA